CGCAGCCCAUGAUCAUCAUCUCGCGCAGGUGGCGAGAAUCCGCCACUCGCAACUUCCUCCAAUAAACACUGCAUUCGCCGCGCAAUCGGCUCAAUCUGCGCCCGUUCACCAGGGUCGCCGACAGUCCGCAACAGCCCAUCCCAAUACUGCCAUGUACCCACCUUACGCCCAGCCCUCGAUCUCAGGCCGCCGAGGUGCUAGCGGGCCGACAACUCCCUCCAUGGUGCACGAUCAGCGCGAGCUGCAGCGUCUGCAAAACGAAUAUGCCUAUCCAUCAAGUUCUUCACGUCCCAACACUGCGCCGACGGUGGACAUGCAGAAGAGAGUACCUGUCGUUGACCUCACGGGCGAACCGGAUGAGGAUGAGGAUCCACGGGUAGCGAAAAAGCCACGACUUGCUUCGGAACCUGUUUCGAGCGCGGCCGAGGCUAUGAGGGUCGCGGGUCCGUCCACCCCGCAACCGCAGAGGAUGACCACGAACGCUCAGUCGUUCAAUGGACAAGUGCCACUGGCGGCGAAUGGAAGAGGGUACCCAUCCUCUGUGCCUCCUACAUGGGCGAUGCCGCAUGGAAACAUGCCUACGUCAGCAAAUGAGGACGUCCAGAUGCGCUCCUCCGUGCAACAGAUUUCACAACAAGUACUCACGGAGGUUGUCCAAUCUGCACCACCGACGAAUGUUCAGCCUACCGAGGCGGCGCAGACGCUUGGACAAUCCGAACCAGUGCCGUCAAUCUCAGUCGCUAUGGCAAGCAUGAGUGUGGACGUAGAGCAUUCAGCACAGGCGACCCUUAACCCGAGUGCGGAGGUUGUCCAGCAGUGCAUCGAUGAAAACUUCGUGGAAGAGGAGAACGAGGACGAAGGGGAGGGUGGACAAGAGCGUAAGGAGGGCAGCGGGAAGCGUUGGUGUCGGAUGUGCCAGCUGCGCUAUAAUAAGGGCCUUUCUGACAAAGCCCCGGAGGCAUUCCUCGUGGACGCUACCAUGGAAGACCUCGCACGGCAUUGCCAGGAGGAGCACCCGAAGGGAUGGGUGUUCCUCCUGCAGAGAUGUAUGGAAGAUCAAGAGUCUGAUGAGGACGAAUGAGUCUUGCCUUGCACGUUUCUAUCAAGGACUAUUGGUUGCAUCGUUUUUCAGGAGGUGGAGUGAAUUCUUGUCUUAUGUGAAUCCUUGGAUCUUAAU